AUGGAUAGAGCUUCUGGAGGAGUGGGCUUUGUUAUCAGGGACCAGUACGGUAGGUUGAUUGCAGCUGGUGGUCGGAGCACGCCAGGAUUGACGGUUGUUGGGGCAGAGCUACGAGCUGCCUGGGAGGGUAUCCGAUACGCGAGGUGUGUGCUGGGGGCCGACAGACUAUGCAUUGAGGGAGACUCUGCUACUGUGAUUGACUGGAUACGGGGAGUGGAUAAAUAUGGUGAUGGUCAUCCCUUGAUUCGGGAUACACGCAGACUAGUUCAGGAGUUAUUAGCUGUCCGGAUUGGUCAUGUAUAUCGUGAGGUGAACCGAGCUGCAGACUGGGUCGCCUCAUAUGUUGCUCGUCAUUCCGGGGAGGUCAUCUGGACCAGCCUGGCAGCCGUUCCCUAUUUGCUGCACUGUCUUUUGUCUUCUGAUCUGGCAGGAUGUACUCAAUCUUGA